AUGAAACAGGAUUGGUAUUACAGUACCUGGCCAACAAGGUUUCUCUUCAGCUGCAAUGUGGACUUCAAGAACACUGGUCUGCCGCGCCCAGUCAAUAUUCAGUCCGCGCCCAGUGUGAACGACCAUUCAGCAGGGAAGGAUGGUAAUGCCCGUGUUUCUCCCUUCAGGUUCCAUCCCCCGACUGUAGUGGGCCCUCUGGGUAGUGCCACUGCCUGCUCCCGUCUGCUCUCCCUGGAUCGCUCGCAGUGCUCAAACGCCCUGGCGAUUGCUGCCUUGCUGGCAGGGGAUCCCAUGGCCAAUGCUGCCACUCAAUCCAAGCCUCUUCAUAUUGGGAACGCAGCCCGAUUCGGCCUGGAGGCGGCACUGCUGGCAUCCCGGGGCCUUGAGGCCAGCACGCUGAUCCUGGACUCGACCCCAGGCUGCGCUGGCUUUAGUGCCUUCUAUAAUGACUACCUGCCACGGGCACUGCCCUCCCCAGUGAAACAGGAUCCCCGCUUCCUGCUGGAGGACCAGGACAUAGCGUUCAAGCGCUUCCCUGCACACCUGGGUAUGCACUGGGUGGCAGACGCAGCAUGCUCAGCGCGGGAGCUUUUGGUCAACACCAUAGGUGGCUUCAACCCCUCUAUGAUCCAGAACAUCCUACUGAGAAUCCCCUUCUCCAAGUAUAUCAACCGACCCUUCCCUGAAUCCGAGCAUGAGGCCCGACACUCCUUCCAGUUCAACGCCUGCACUGCUCUGCUGGACGGCGAGGUCAGUGUCCAAUCCUUCAGCCCAGCCUUCCUGGACCGCCCCGAGCUGCUCAGCCUCCUGAGUAGAGUACGGGUCGAGCACCCCCAGGACAACCCUGCCAAUUUCAAUAAGAUGUACGCAGAGGUGCUGGUGACCCUCACAACGGGCGAUGUCUUUAAAGGUCGAUGUGACACCUUUUAUGGACACUGGAGGAAGCCACUGAGUCGUGACAGUCUGCUGAAAAAGUUCAGGGCCAACGCUGGGGUAGUCCUGCCAGGAGAGAAGGUGGAGGCCAUCUUUGAUGCUGUGGAGAACAUAGAAGACAGGCAGGACUGCUCCCACCUCACCAUGCACCUGGAAUGAAGGGCUUUAUGACAUCCUGAA